AUUUUGGCGCGGGCGGUGGCGCGGGCGGUUAAGCGGCAGGCACAAAGUGCAUCAGGAACAGAUGAGGAGGAAGUGCAUCUUUUGGCUUUGAUUACAAAAGAAGAUUCUAAAAAUAAAGAAGAAUGUAAAAAAAAGUUGGAUAAAUACUGUGAAGAACUGAAAAAUGCCAAACUAGAAGCAGAAAAGGUAUAUGAAAAACUCAAAACCUUUUGUGAAAAUGGAAAAGCAAAAGGAAAAUGCGACGAAUUAAAGGACAAAGUUCAGGAAAAAUGCACUACAUUUAAAACAAAACUUCAAACAGCAGCUGGAAAAGGAAUCUCAGAUUUAACGGAUGACGAUUGUAAGAAUGAAAAGCAAUGCCUAUUUUUAGAGGGAGCAUGUUCUAGUGAUCUUGCAAAAGAUUGCAACAAACUAAGGAAUCUAUGUUAUCAGAAGAAACGUGACAAAGUGGCAGAAGAUGCUCUUUUAAGAGCAGUUCGGGGAAGUUUAACUAAUAAAACUACAUGUGAAGAAAGGCUCAAAGAGGUUUGCAUAGAGUUGAGUCAAGAAAGUGAUGAGUUAACGAAGCUUUGUCUUGAUCAACAAGUGAUAUGUGACAAAUUUGUAUCAAAAAAGCAAGAAAAAUGUGAUGUUCUUAAACGGGAUGUUGAAAAAGCACUUGAAAAGGAGAGUGAAUUACGAGGAAAAUGUUUAUCAUUGCUUGAACGAUGCUAUUUUUACAGAAGAGAUUGUAAUGAACACUUACCAAAGUGUGGAGACUUGGAAAAAGAAUGUGAAAAAAAACACGUUAUUUACAUACCUCCAGUAUCUGGUUUUGACCCAACUGAACCCAAGCCUACAAUAGCAGAGCAAAUAGGGCUAAAAGAGCUUCAUAGGAAAGCAGAAGAAGAUGGAGUUUUUAUUGGAAAACAACAUGUAAGAGAUGCAACUGCUCUAUUGGCGUUGUUGAUUGAAGAUGAUAAAGAAAUCAAGAAAAAAUGCACUGAAGUUCUUGGCAAAAAGUGCAAAAAUCCUAAAGAGCAUGAAGCUUUAAGUGAUCUUUGUGAUGAUAAAGGCAGUACUAAUGCAAUUGGAACAGAAAAAUGCGAGAAAUUGGAAGAAGAUAUCAAAAAAACAUGUGAUAUUUUCACGUUAAAGCUUAUAAAUAAUCGUCUUUUUGAUCCAACAAAAGGAAGUAAUGAAAUUAUUGGAUGGGAAGGGUUGCCAACAUUCUUUAGUAAGGAAGAUUGUGCAAAAUUAGAAACAUAUUGUUUUUAUUUUCAAAAAAGAUGUCAAGAUGGCAAAGAAGCCUGUAUGAAUGUAAAGGCAACGUGUUAUAAAAAAGGACUUGAUGCAUUAGCAUAUGAGGCAUUACAAGAAAGAAUGCAAGGAAUGUUGCAUGGUUCAAAUGAAACAUGGCUUAAAACGGUUCAACAAGAAUUGACAAAGGUGUGCGGGAAAUUAAAGGAAAAAAAUAAAGAUAUUUUUCCAAAUGACGAAUUAUUCGUUUUAUGCAUUCAACCAACAAUGGCAGUUCGAAAACUUACAUAUGAUCUUCGGAUGAGAGCAGUCUUUUUACGACAGUAUUUAAAUGAAAAGCGAGAUUUUCCAGCAAAAAAAGAUUGUAAAGAGCUGAAGAAAAAGUGUCAAGAUUUAGAAAAAGAUUCAAAAGAAAUUAGAUGGCCAUGCAAUACACUGAAACAGCAAUGUCAUCGACUAGAAAAUCUAAGAAAAGCAAAAGAAUUUUUAUUAAAUGAACAUAAAGAUACAUUGAAAACUCGAGAAGAUUGUGCGAAAUAUUUAAGAGAAAAAUGUCAUGAGUGGUCUAGAAAGAACAACGAUCGUUUCUUUCUCGUAUGCAUUUUUCAAGAGAGCACGUGUAAAUUAAUGGUAGAUGAUGUACAAAAUCAAUGCAAAGUAUUCAAAAAAAAUAUAGAAACUUUAAAAAUCGAAGAUACUUUUAAAGAGGAUAAUCCAAGUAUAGCGUCAUUGACAGCAUUUUGUCCUUUUUGGCAUUCAUAUUGUGAUAGAUUUGGGCCCAACUGUCCUUAUCUCAAGGAAGGAGAUACUUUUUGCACAAAACUCGAAAAAUAUUGCAAGCCAUUUUAUGAAAGAAAAACUUUGGAAGAUGCUCUUGAGGUGGAGCUACAGGGAAAUCUGGAUGAUGAAAACAAAUGUAAUUUAGCACUGGGAAGAUAUUGUACAAUAUUGGAAAAGUUAAAUAAUAAAGGAAUCAAAGAUUUGUGUAAAAAUGACACAGACAAUAAUCUUCAAAAGAAAAAUGAGGCUGUUAGAAAAGAGGUUUGUAUUAGGUUAGUAAAAGAAAUUAAGGAACGAUGCAAAGUAUUACCAGAAGAACUCAGACAAGCAAAAAAAAAUUUAAAAGACGAUUUAGACGUAUUUAAUAAACUUAAGAAACAGGCAGAAGAUACAAUAGAGAAAUCUAAUCUUGUUUUGUCUCUUAAAAAGACAGAAGAUGGUUUAGUAAAGAACAAUACAAAAAACCAAAAAGAUGUGGAAAACGCAGCACCAAACAAACGUCAAAAUAGCACAGUACAUUUAAGGAUAAUACGAAGAGGAACUAAAGAUGUACUUGUAACGGAGCUAGAAGCGACAGCGUUUGACUUGGCAGCGCAAGUACUAGGGAAAUAUGUUGAGUUGAAGGAAAGAUGCAAAAAAUUGGAAUUAGAUUGCAGGAUUAAAGAGGACUGUCCAGCAUGUAAAGAUAUAUGUAAAAACAUUGAAAAUAUAUGCAACAAAUUAAAGCCACUAAAAGUCAAACCAUAUGAGGCAACAACUAAAAACAUAACAACCACAACUACGACCACCACCACCACCACCACAACCGUUACAGAUCCAAAAGCAACAGACUGCCAGUCUCUGCAAACGACAGACACAUGGGUCACAAAGACGUCGACCCAUACCAGCACUUCUACGACUACAUCCACAGUCACAUCGAGAAUAACACUCACCUCGACGAGGCGGUGUAAGCCUACGAAGUGCACGACAGGAGAGGGGGAUGAAGCAGGAGAGGUGAAGCCGAGUGAAGGGCUGAGGAUGAGUGGGUGGAGUGUGAUGAGGGGGGUGCUAGUGGCGAUGAUGAUUUCAUUCAUGAUUUAA